AUGGGUCAGGCGGCCAAGGUUUUACAGCUCUAUAAAACAUUACACAGGACAAGACAACAGGUUUUUAAAAAUGAUACCAGAGCAUUAGAAGCAGCCAGAAUAAAGAUAAAUGAAGAAUUCAAAAGUAAUAAAAGUUGAAACUUCUCAAUAGAAGAGAAUUGGUCCCUAGGGAAGAACUCCUUGUAG